GUCACCGCCGCGUCCCUUCAGGAGGAGGCCGGAGCCAAGCAAAAUGGCGGCCGCGUUGCCGGACGCGAAGGGGGACUGAGAGGCGGCGGGGCGGAGGACGGGGCGUCUCGAGCGGCGCCCCCGAAACGCGUAGAGACGCCCCAGAGGUGGGAGGCGGGGGCGAGGAGCCCGCGGGGGGCCCGGCGGAGCCCCGCUUUCCCCCCGGCACCCCCUUUCGAAAACCCUCCCGCUGAGGGACUACUCGAGCGCAGGCUUCAGGCCUCCCCUCAGAAACGCUAGGCCGCGCUUGGCGACUACUCGAGCUCAGGCUUCAGAUCCUCCCUUUGACAGGCCAGGCCCUUGUUUCUUUAUUGAGUGCCUUUUCGGCUGGCUCUGUGCUCGGCAACGGGGCCCAAACCGGACAUUUAACGCUUGGAAAGACUCGGGAGGAUGUCGGACAAUCAGGCCAACAAUCCCCACCACCCCGCCAACAACAAUGUCGGGGGGACCCCGGGGAACAACCGCGGGGUCCGCAACCUCAACCAGAACCCGCUCAUCAACGUCCGGGACCGCCUUUUCCACGCGCUCUUCUUCAAGAUGGCCGUCACCUACGCCCGCCUCUUCCCGCCCUCCUUCCGACGCGUGUUCGAGUUCUUCGUGCUCCUCAAGGCCCUGUUUGUGCUCUUCAUCCUGGCCUACAUCCACAUCGCCUUCUCCCGCUCGCCCAUCAACUGCCUGGAGCACGUGCGGGACAAGUGGCCCCGGGACGGGAUCCUGAGGGUCGAGAUCCAGCGCAACUCCAGCCGCGACCCCAUCUUCCUCCAGUUCUGCGAGGACGACCGGUUCCCUGGGGUGGCCGUGGAGCCGGUGACGGCAACGGAGGAGGAAGAGGAAGAGGAGGAGGAAGAGAUGACCGUGGAGAUGUUCCAAAACAGCUCCAUCAAGUUUGAGCUGGACAUUGAGCCCAAGGUCUACCUCAAGCCCUCGCGGCUGAGCGGCGCCAAAGCGCUGGCCGCCAACGAAAGCCGGGAGUUCUCCUUCGGCGAUGAGACGGCCGCUAAAGGUAUGGAGCCCCUCAGCGAGACUGUGUCCGAGUUUGAGAUGCUAACCAAAGCAGUCUGGCCCCAAGAGGAGUACAUUGUGGAGUAUUCCUUCGAGUACGGCUUCUUGCGCUUGUCGCAAAGCACCCGCCAGCGCCUCAGCAUUCCCGUCAUGGUGGUCACCUUGGAUCCUACCCGGGACCAGUGCUUUGGCGACCGGUUCAGCCGGCUUUUGCUGGACGAAUUUCUCGGCUACGACGACAUCCUCAUGUCCAGCGUCAAGGCUUUGGCGGAAAACGAAGAGAAUAAAGGUUUCCUCCGCAACGUGGUGUCCGGGGAGCACUACCGCUUCAUCAGCAUGUGGAUGGCCAGGACCUCCUACUUGGCCGCUUUCGUCAUCAUGGUGAUUUUUACCCUCUCGGUCUCCAUGCUGUUGCGAUACUCGCACCACCAGAUCUUCGUUUUCAUCGUGGACCUGCUGCAGAUGCUGGAGAUGAACAUGACCAUCGCCUUCCCGGCGGCCCCGUUGCUGACGGUCAUCUUGGCCCUCGUGGGCAUGGAAGCCAUCAUGUCGGAGUUCUUCAACGACACCACCACGGCCUUCUACAUCAUCCUCAUCGUGUGGCUGGCUGACCAGUAUGACGCCAUUUGCUGCCACACCAACACCAGCAAGAGACACUGGCUGAGGUUUUUCUACCUCUACCACUUUGCCUUCUACGCUUACCACUACCGCUUCAACGGGCAGUACAGCAGCCUCGCCCUGGUCACCUCCUGGCUUUUCAUACAGCAUUCUAUGAUCUACUUUUUCCACCAUUACGAACUGCCGGCCAUCCUCCAGCAGAUCCGGAUCCAGGAGAUGCUGCUCCAGAACCAGCAAGUGGGCGCUCAGACCACCCUCCAGGACAACCUCAAUAACAACACCACGGUCGCCCCCAACGACCGGCCCCACUUGGACCCCGCCGGUGCCGUCGGCGAAGCCUCCGGGGAGGGAGCCGCGGCGGCAGCGUCUCUAGGCAGCGACAUGAACUGGGUGGCGGAAACGGCGGCCGUCAUCACCGAAGCCUCGUUCCUCUCCAACCUGAGCGGCUCCUUCCUGGACCCCGGGAUCGACCCAGACGCGCCGGCCGGCGGCGGCGGUGGCGGCUUGCCGGACAUGGCCGUGGCCGCCAGCGUGAUGACCCGCUUUCUCAUCGGCGGAGACGCUUUGGCUGAAGUGGCCUUCGAGGUCCCGUCGAGCGGGGAGGUUUCCCCGGCGGACACGGCGCCGCCGACGCCGUCGUUGUCCCCUCCGCCCUCCGUCGGACUCGUCGACGGGGAACCCGGACCCGUCCCGCCGGAAAGUACUUCUUCGGACCCCGAAUCCAGGUUCCCUCCUCCGUAACGGACUCAGAAGUCAUUCUCGUCGUGAAUGAAACAUCAAUUCCCGCGCCCGGACCGAUACUUUCCCAUGGAGUCUUUCUCCCACGAAGCGGCACUUUCUUGUUGAUUUUUUUCCUUGCUUUUUUGUCGGCUCGAAUAAUGGAUGUUUUAGCCUCCGAAACGCUGGGAGACCCAGAUCGGAGUGAGGAUUAUCGCGGUGAAAUGGGAAACGGGUGGCGGGACGGCACUGCCUUUGACGAAAACUUUUCCUUCUCGCCGUAGGGGGGGAAAAAAUAACUCAAAAUGGGUUGUUGUUGUUAGGACCGUGCAUCCGCUUAACAAUAAAGCAGCCUCUUUCGGAG